GUCCACCGUGUUCAGCAAAGGAAGCCCCUGUACAUCCCUUCUUGCUGCUUUAGAGGUUGUGUCGGACGAGCCGUCACGUUGAACUAAAAUGGCCCCACCAUCAUAUUCUGACUUAGGCAAGUCAGCCAGGGAUCUUUUUAACAAGGGAUACAAUUAUGGUCUUUUCAAGUUAGAAUGCAAAACAAAAACUGAAUCUGGUGUCGAGUUCACGACUAGCGGUAGUUCAAGUAGCGACACUGGAAAGGUUGGAGGAAGUUUAGAAACAAAGUACAAAUGGGCGGAGUACGGGUUAACAUUUACAGAGAAGUGGAACACAGAUAACGUUCUUGCCACAGAGAUCCAGAUUGAAGAUCAGAUUGCUAAGGGUCUCAAGCUCUCCUUUGACACAUCUUUUGCUCCACAAUCUGGGAAGAAAAGUGGAAAAAUUAAAUCUGCCUUCAAACAAGACUAUGUCAACCUGAACUGUGAUGUGGACUUUGAUUUUGCUGGGCCAACGAUACAUGGGGCUGGAGUGCUAGGAUACAAUGGAUGGUUAGCUGGUUACCAGAUGUCAUUUGACAGCGCCAAGUCCAAGCUUACAAAGAGUAACUUUGCAGUUGGUUACACAGCUGGAGAUUUCACCCUUCACACCAAUGUGAAUGAAGGAACAGAGUUUGGAGGCUCCAUCUACCAGCGUGUUAACAGUGAUUUGGAGACGGGAGUUAGCCUCUCAUGGGCUGCUGGCACAAAUGUCACUAGAUUUGCCCUAGGCGCAAAAUAUACAGUUGAUAAAGAUGCUUCAUUCAGUGCAAAGGUGAAUAACUCCAGUCAGAUAGGUCUUGGAUACACACAAAGACUCAGGGAUGGUGUGAAGUUAACUUUGUCCAGCUUAAUAGAGGCCAAGAACUUCAACCAGGGAGGACACAAGCUAGGUCUGGGUCUAGAUUUGGAGGCAUGAGAAUAAUCUGUAUUAUAACUAGGUGAUUAUUUCUUCCCUCCUGUAAAUUAAACCAUGUGCACCAGGUGAAAGUUUGCUAUGAGGAUUUCACAUGUAUAAUAGAUGUGAUUUUUUUUGUCAUAAGUAAAUAAGCGGUUCAUCAACAAGGUAGUAUUCGGACUGUGUGUGAUAUAGCCUUUGGAUCUGGUCAUUUGUUUUAUCUGAACAGUGGGGGUGAGCUAUAUCUGAUGUGGGCCUUGUCUGUAAAAUAAGAAAUGAGCUUGUCGAGAUUUAUAAACUUAGUCUUUACUGUGUUGUGUAUAUUAUUUGACCCUCAUGUUUUUGAGGAAGCAUUGCCUUGCAGUAGCAGAUAAUGGAAAUGAACAGAGUUACUUAGAUAGGCAUUGGCGUGCAAACUUCAAACAUAACUGCAGUUUUAUCUUGAAUAAAACCAUCGGUAACCUGAA